UGUCCCUCGGACACAGCGGAUCACCGAUCGCGGAAAGAGCCGAAGAUGUCGGCUCGGUCAUGUGAUCAGCUGAGUCCAAUUGCAGCUGAUCACAUGGGACAUGUACACUGAUCAUCAGGGCACUGAUGAUCAGUGUGCCCUGAUGAUCAGUGUGGCCCCAGAAGUGCCACCUGUCAGUGUCCAUCAGUGCCAGCAGUCAGUGCUCAUCAGUGCCUCGUGCCAGUGCCCAUCAGUGCCACAUAUCAGUGCCUACAAGUGCAGAUCAAUGCCACAUGUCAGUGCCCAUCUGAGCUGCCUUUCAGUGUUACCCAUCAGUGCCACCUAUCAGUGCUGCCAGUCAGUGCCGCCUAUCAGUGCUGCCAGUCAGUGCCAUAUAUCAGUGCCAUGUAUCAGUGCUGCCUGUCAAUGCCCAUCAGUGCCACCUACCAGUGCCUGCUCAUCAUCAGUGCCACCUAUCAGUGUCCAUCAGUGCAGCCUAUCAGUGCCCAUCACAGCAGCCUCAUUAGCGCACAUCAGU